AUGCCUCGAAAAAAGAGUACAUAUGUUACCCAAGAGGAAGAUCUUGCUUUCUUGGAGGAUGAUGCGAGCUUAUCAUGUUUCAAUGGCUGUUUGACAAAGGUGAAGUUAUUGCCUCGUAUUCAGCAGAAGACACUUGACGCCACUCACACUGUGAUCGCAGAUUCAAGUCCACUCAACGACACUCACACUGCAAUCACAGAUUCAAUGUUGGCACUGUCGGCACCUACUUCAGUUCUGCCCAACCCUUGUGGGAGCACUCUUGAAACGACUGUCGGCUCUGCAACACCGACGUUAGCUUCAGAAGCUAUUAGUUUUGAUCGAGUUAAGGCUGUGCUUGCUAUUCACCAUCUUCCACGAGGUGUGUUGCAGGAGAUACACAGCUGCAUCAACGAAGAUGCCGGAUUUGAAGUACCUCAAUGGCAAUAUGUCCUUGAGGAGAAUAUGAUAGUGGAACCUUUGAUGUCCUCGAUCUUGAAGUUCAUGCAUGACGUUUCGGCUGGCACUAUUGUUUAG